AUGAGCGAAAUGCUAAAAAGCGAGGAUUCUGCUAGCGAUGUGCCGAAAACUGCGCUAAUCACGGGCAUCACAGGACAGGAUGGAUCAUACCUUGCCGAACUGCUUCUGGAGAAAGGUUACAGAGUCCAUGGGCUAGCGCGGCGGAACGCGUCACAAGAGGGCGUCAACAUGAAGAACCUUAGAUCCAUCCAGUCCAAAAUCACCAUCCAUAAGGGCGACAUCACCGACCCUUUUAUCCUGAUCCAACUGCUCCGCACCAUCCAACCUCACGAGAUCUACCACCUCGCCGCCCAGUCCCACGUCACCCAGUCUUUCACAACACCAGACCACACUUUCCAAGUCAACACCACAGGCACGCUGAAUCUCCUGCAAGCGGUCGUGGUUUGCGGCCUACAAAGCAAAACGCGGAUCUACAACGCCGCAACAUCCGAACUCUUCGGCGGCACCACGACCCCCAACACCAUGCUCACCGAGGACUCCCCCUUCGAGCCGAAAUCGCCGUAUGCCAUCUCCAAGCUAGCAGCGUACUGGCUGGUGCGCAACUACCGCGAGGCACACGGCCUGUGGGCGGUCAAUGGCAUUCUCUUUAACCACGAGUCCUCACGGCGAGGAAGCGGAUUCGUAACCAUGCGCAUCGCUCGCGCGGCCGCUAGCUACGCCCUCAACCUCAACCCCCCAAACCCCCCCUCCUCCUCAAACCCGCCCCCCCUCACACUCGCAGGCAUCAACAUGGCACGCGACUGGGGCCACGCGCGCGACUACGUGCGCGCCAUCUGGAUGAUGCUCCAGCAGGACUCGCCGCCGCCAUGGGACAUGCUUAUUGCGACGGGGCAGCAGCGGACUGUGGGGGGGUUUGUUGAGGCUGCGUUUGGGCGGGUGGGCGUUACGUUGCGCUGGGUGUACGGUCCAGACAUGAAGGUCACUGGCGCGGUGGACGCGAACACCGGCCGGAAGGUGUUGCAGAUCGACCCGUCCUUGGAAAGGGCGGUUGAAGUGCCUUGUCUGCUUGGGGACAGCACACUCGCACGGGAGGUGCUUGGGUGGGAGCCGACCACUCCCUUUGAGACUCUCGUGGCAGAGAUGGUUGAUUCGGAGCUAGAGAGACUAGAAAGGAUGCAAUAA